AUGGGAGCAGAUUCCAUUCUCACUGCUACAUCCUCAGAAAUGUCUACUUUGGUCGACCCAUCCCCUGUGACUACUGCUGCUCCUUCACCAUCUAGUGCAUACGUGAAUCCUUCCCAGAUGGUCACUCCAGAACCGCAGGCAGGCCCUUCUCAUUACCGCACACAAAAAGACAAAGUCGCCUUGAAGAAACGCAGACGCGAUGAAGACACUGAAGCUCCUCGCAAAAGCAGGGACGGUCCCAAGAAAAAGAAAGCGAACCGUGCCUGCGCGCACUGUCAGAAAGCGCAUUUAACAUGUGAUGAUUCUCGACCUUGUCAACGUUGCGUCAAGCGUGGAAUUGCUUCUACCUGUACAGAAGGCCAUCGCAAGAAAGCCAAGUAUCUUCUCGACGAUGACGAACUUCAACAACUUAAGAAAAAGGGCAGAGUUCCUGAAUCGAGUUCAGAGCCUGCACCCGCGCUCCAACCGACAUCUGACACCUUCCAAUCGCACGAUCCACUCUUUAAUGUGUCGUUCGAUCCCAAUUUCACGUUCGGCUCCGAGGCCGCCAACUUAGAGUAUUCCAUACUUUCUGCGAUCCUAGGUAAUCCAAGUCCUCCAGAAUCCGGUACAGCACCAUCUCCGUCACAGCAGCAGCAACAGCAACAGGUUUCUCAGCCACUCCCAAAUUCGGCGUGGUCUCCUGAGCCACUUCACGCGCAACCACAGUACAUUCAGGGAGCGCCAAGCAAUUUUGGCUCCCCGUUCGGAGAUCCGCCUCAGUUAUCAAUGCCACAACCGGAUAGCUUGUCUGCCUCUCAACCGUCGCCAACCUUCCUUUCAAGCUAUCCCGCGCCACUAUGUCGAACAUCGUCACCAGCGCUCCAAUACUCCUACGCUCAACCACAGCCGCAAUUAUCAGCUCCAUACAACCUUGCUCCACACUAUGCGCGUGGUGUCGUCAGUCUCGGUUCCUCAAGUGUAAUACGCACGCCAUCGAGGGAUACUCGUUCUCACUCUUACGAGUCUUCUUCGCAGACGUCACCAUCACCUACGAUCCAAAGCGGUGAUCAUCAUUCUGUUCGUGUCUACUUUCUCAUGCUGUAUCUGGCUCAUCUUCCCAUCCAGGCCAUCAACGUAACAACACCUUAUGAUUAUACUGAAGGUUACCACUUCCUCAUGAAGCAUCUCCCGAGUCGUUUUGAAAAGAAUGACAUAUUACGCAUUGUUCGAGCACUCGCCAUCUUUCGACCAUCACUUAUUGCUCUGCAAAUGCCCAUGACGGAUGAGGACGAAGUAUUCGUCGAGAAAUGUUUCCAAAGAUCACUACUCGAACUCGAAAAGCUUAUCUCGUACAGUGGCACACCAACGGUAGUCUGGAGGCGAACCGGCGAAAUCUGUCUCGUCGCACCCGAGUUUUGCAUGCUCACUGAGUGGCGUCUGGAAGAUCUUGUUGGAAAGCGCAAGUACAUAUACGAACUUUUCGAAAACCAAUCCGUCGUCGAAUACUGGGAAAACUUCGCCUCUCAUGCCUUUGAGAAUACGACCAAAUCAGUUUACUCGCACUGCGUUCUCCUCAAACCCUCCGGCGCGCCGAUACCCUCGACCUUUUGUUUCUCGAUACGAAGGGACAUCUUUGAUCUUCCCAGCAUAGUCAUCGGUAAGUGA